AUGGCCUUCUUUUCAUCCGCAUCCACACCUAGCACCUUUGGCGCGCGUCCUGCGGCCGCCCCUGGUCAGAUCAACACCUCGGCUGCCACCAAAACAAGCGGAGACCAAGAUCAAGAAGUGACACCAGGUGCCACAGACACAGUCAGCUGCCUCGCCUUUUCGCCCACUGCCGACUUCCUCGCCGUCGGCAGCUGGGACAACAAUGUACGCAUCUACCAGAUCAACAAGACCUCUCCGACACCCGUGCAGCCAUGGCAGCAGUACUCACACGAGGCACCUGUUCUCGACUUGUGCUGGAGCACCGAUGGCGCCAAAAUCUUUAGCGUAGGAGCCGAUAAGGUGUGCCGCAUGUUUGACAUGAACACCAACCAGCCCACCGUCGUGGCACAGCACAACGAUACCAUCCGCAGCGUGCGCUGGUUGAAUGUGGCCGGUGGAGUGUUGUUGACCGCGGGCUGGGACAAGCAGCUGAAGAUUUGGAAGAUUGACAACCCGGCGUCUCCGCAGGCAGUGCAUUCGUUGACGCUCCCCGAAAAGUGUUACGCUAUGGACAACGUGCAGAACGUCGUGGUCGUGGCUAUGGCCGAGCGCAUGGUGCUGGGCUUCCGUCUGGAAGAGACCGGCUCAAUCACCCCCUUGACCGAGCAGCAAUCUCCGCUCAAGUACCAAACACGCUCGAUGGCUGUACUGCCGGAUGGCGACGGCUACGCACUCGGAGGUGUCGAAGGCCGUGUAGGCGUACAAUACUUUCACGAUCCACCAGACAAGGACAACAAGGUCAAGAAGUUUGCUUUCAAAUGCCAUCGUCGCGCCAACGCCGAUCACCCCGAGGUGCCCCGCAACGAAUCACACCUCUACCCGGUCAACUGCAUCGCCUUCAAUGUGCACGGCACGUUUGCCACUGGUGGUGCCGAUGGAAGCAUCAACUUCUGGUGCAAGCAGUCGAGAACUCGGUUGAAGACAAUGGAGACCAAAGGACCGGCCAACGCGCCCAAGGAGCUGCUCAAGACGAAUCCUGCCAAGCAGCCUAUCACUGCGAUUGGGUUCAACAGGGAUGCCACCAUCUUUGCCUAUGCGAUCGGGUAUGAUUGGCAUAAGGGCUACCAGGGUGCGGGAGGCGUUGAGCCCAAGGUGUACAUCCAGCCGGUCAACUACGAGGAUGUCAAGAAGAGGCCUCCCAAGGCGUGA